AUGGCUACUGUACCAGUUAAUCCUAAACCUUUCUUGAACAAUUUGACUGGAAAGCCUGUCAUGGUAAAACUCAAGUGGGGCAUGGAGUACAAAGGUUACCUUGUCUCUGUGGAUUCUUACAUGAACUUGCAGUUUUUGAAAUUGGGAAUUGAUUUAUCAGCUAUUUCCAACCUUUCUCAGCAUUUGACCCGUGUUUAUGAUUUCCAUUUUGUAACUAAUGGGACUUAUCUGCAGCUGGCUAAUGCUGAAGAAUAUAUUGAUGGACAGUUCACUGGAAGUCUUGGAGAGAUCUUGAUCAGAUGUAACAAUGUUCUCUAUCUUCGUGGGGUACCAGAGGAUGAAGAAAUAGAAGAAGCUGACCAAGACUAG